AAUCAACAUAUAUAGAGUGAUUAAAAGCUUUGGCCGCCGCCUAACAAACUCCAUAACAAGUGAAGUCUACAUUUUGUCUAUUCAUUACCAUGUUCACGCGAAAUAGUUGGAAAGAAAUCUAUUUCGCCCUAUUGAUUAUAUGGGUAUUUGGCACAUUUGUAAAUGCCAUCAAUUUAGAUCAUGUCCCCCAUAUAAGCGAUAAAUUUAAUACAAACCGCAUAUCUGGCGGUGAUAUAGCUGCUGAAAACCAAUUCCCCUAUCAAGUGGGAUUGAAUAUAGAGACAUCGCCCGGAAAAUUCACCUGGUGUGGUGGAAGUCUUAUUUCAAAUCAAUGGAUUGUAACAGCGGCACAUUGUGUACACAGCAUUACCGGUGUGAUUGUCUAUUUAGGAUCUACACAUCGUUUGGAGCCCAAGAAAACCUACCGCGUUGCCUUAAUAGAUAUUCACUUGCAUCAUCAUUUUCAUUUGGGAACUUUAGAAAAUGAUAUAGCUUUGAUGCGUCUUCCCGCACAGGUGGCGCUGAGCGAUGCUAUUCAACCGAUACCGCUGCCAAAAUUAUACGAUAAUCAUCCAACAUAUGAGUAUCUGGAAGCCAUAACCUCUGGAUGGGGUCGAGAGAACGAUGCAUCUCCCAGCAUAUCAACUUAUCUGAGAUAUGUAGUGCGCUAUACACUCACCAAUCCUGAAUGCCAAUUUGUCUAUGGCAACUCAGUUAAGGCCAGCAAUAUUUGCAUCGAUACCACGGGGGGCAAAUCCACAUGCAGUGGCGACUCGGGGGGACCCUUGGCCAUCAGUGAUGAUUCUAAUGGUCUUAUGCUUAUUGGCCUUACCUCCUUUGGCAAAUCUUCGGGCUGUACAAAUGGAAGUCCUGCAGUCUUUACCCGUUUAACCUCCUAUUUAAAUUGGAUUUAUCAAACCUCAGGAGUGGCGAAUAUUUAGAACAACAGCCACUCGAAAACUUGUAAA